AUGAAGCUCACGCCAGAACUCAUCGCACAGGCGACUUCAUCGCUUAAUCCGCUCAAGGAGCGCCAACUCGACCUCCGUGGGCUGCAGAUUCCGGCCAUCGAAAACUUGGGAGCGACGCGGGACCAGCACGACUCGAUCGACUUUACCGACAAUUCCAUCUCUGUUCUCGGAAAUCUGCCGCUAGUACGAAGAUUACGCACGUUACAUCUUGGGAAUAACCGUGUAAUGUCCAUCUCGCCAAACCUCCACCUCUCCUGCCCGGGCCUCAACACCUUGGUCUUGACCAACAACAAUAUCGGCCAACUGGGAGACUUGGAGCCACUAAGGGAACUAAGGUACCUCCAGUACCUCUCUUUAAUUGGCAAUCCGGUUCGGGAGCAGCGCUACUACCGCGAAUGGUUGAUUUUCCGAUGUAAAUCACUCCGAGUACUCGAUUUCCAACGAAUACGAGACAAGGAACGAAAGCAGGCGGAAGCCCUUUUCCUCACUGCAGAUGGGCUAGAGACAGCACUCGCGACUCAACUCGCCGCUACGGUGACUACAAACGCUGCAAAGGCUGCUGUAGCAGCCACGCUCGAUGAGCCACGCGUAGGAGGUGCAUCUGGUGUCUCCACAGGGAAAGCAGGACGCUUGAUGACCGCGGAAGAAAAGGCGCGUAUCAAGGCUGCCAUUGCAAAAGCUGCGAGUGCAGAAGAGAUUAAGCAACUGGAGAGGAGUCUACGAGAAGGAUGGGUCCCUGACGGAUAG